UCACCCCCCCCAGGUCACUGGGGGCUAUGAUGUGCUGUGUCACCAUAGCAAUGAAGUAGGCACAGGGCACCUAGGGCAUGGAGCAGGACAAUGGAAGCCACCAAGAAGGUGGGGGGCGAUGAUCCAUCAGGCCUCCAGGGCUAUCCCUCGGCCUGCAGCCAGCAAUUGGGGAGUGGCCUCAGAGGAUCCCAGGGACCAUGGAUAAACUCAGAAUCCCUGAACUUCAAGCAAGUGUUGUCAUCACCCACCAAGGCCAUCAGUGAUGAGGCCUGUGGCCCAGCUUCACAGGCCAACAUCCCUGAGCCCACUCAUCAGGUACACCAGGACCUUGCUCAGCUUAGCUCCCCAUGCAGCAAUGUGCAGGCCUCCCAGGAUGCCCCAAAACUCUCUUCAGCUAGCCUGUUCACAAGCCGCAUCGUGGGAGCCCAACAGGAUGUGGUCAUGGACGAUGGUACCCUGAACCUACCAGUGUGCACGUGUAGUAACAACACUGGUGACAUGAGCCAGCACGGAUCCUGCUGCUCCCGGCUUCAGGUGCAGAUUGGGAGGAAGGGCAAGGCUCCAGCUAAAGUCCUGGUACACUGGGGCAAGGGUCCCUGCAACAUUGACCAUAUAGUCCCAGUGAGCAGCAGGAAGAGUUGACAGCUACCCAACUUCCUCUCAGGAAAGGGUGGUGAAGCUGAAGACCAAAGUCUUCUGGCUUCAGUUCAGGCUCCAGCCCAAGAUCAGGGGGAGAGCAAGAGCUCAUGUCCAACUCAGGCUCCUGCCCUAGUUAGAACUUCUUUGUUGUCACCAGCUCCUCCAACUCCAAGUCAGGCUACUAAUCCAGCUCUGGAUGCAACUCCUGCAGCUGAACCUUACAACUGUACCCUUGACCACCCAAUUGCUAACACUGCGGUCACCAAAGGCCUGUCUCAAAACCUCUCCCACAAGAGGUGUGGCAAUCAAUGGCCAAUCCUCUCAGAAUCUGCUAAAAUGGUCACAUCUGGCCAGAACAAAGUGAAUUUCUACUCUGAUGGGGAGCCUCCUACCUCAGUACCCAGUCCAAAAUUGUUCCCAGACCACUCCCAGGAGCACAAGGUUGCUGGAAGGCAGGUUCCAUCUGAACAGCCUGAGAACCUGACAGAGAAGUCUCUGGCCUAUACAUCCAGGCCAGAUACCCCCAAACUAGGGCCAGAGCCCCCAAGUCCCCCCAAGUCCCCAAGGAAUAACCAGAAGAUUUGCAGUUCUCAGACAGACAAGCAACUCCCCAAUGUCUGCAAGAGCAAUUGCUCUAACGUGCCACUGUCUGCUAACCAAGUAACCUGUUAUAAGCAGUUAUCACCUCCAUCUUUCAGGGAAACUGUGCAGAUGCCCUCCUCCAGUGCCCCUACUUGUCAGCUCCAGGAAGGUGUAGAAGACUGUGUGCUGCUGUUUGAUAUGGCCACAGGCAACAGCAGGAUUGGGCUGCUGUGCCAUGACCCUAUGGGCUCAUGGGCAGUGCUGGUGGGCCUCAUGCCCAGCCACCCAUCUAUCUGUGCCCCUGAAAAUACCCUGUCCACCCAGUCACUGGCCAAGCCCAUUUUCUCCCCUGCCAGUGAUCAUUCCAGCUUCUGGUCCACCACAGCCUUGUUGUCCAGCCCUGUGCCUUCUAGUCUCUCAUCUGGCAGCUACCGAGAGGUGGCCCUGGUUCCCAAGGAGGCCAGGCUCAACCUGAAGUCACAGAACUCCCCUGGUACUGAGACACCUACCAGGGUUGGGAUUCUCACUGGACAUAUUCCACUGGGAACACCCCUCCAACUUGGUGAGGAGAUACAGACUUAUGCUCCUGAUUCCAGCUUAUCUAAACCUGAUGCCAAAGAAAAUGAACUUAGUCGAACCAUCUGGAUGUUGGAGUCCUCCCCAGAUGCCUCCAAGGUCCAGAUCAAGAAACUGAAGUAUAUGAACUCUACUUCACCAGCCAAUAUCCAAGUGGUACCCACAUCUUUGCUCCAGCAGGGUGUAGGCAGCAAUAACCAGAUAGACAACAUUACCACUCACUACAAUAACCCUCAGGCUCAAGAUGCUGAGCAGGCCCCCCUCACUGACCAGACCUUCCACAAUGGGCAGAACCGCCUUGCUAGACAGCUACCUGUAACUGAGCAAGACUUACUAACUGGGCAUCCCCCCUCUAUGAGGCAGCCCCCUUUCAGUGGGCAGACCCCUCUCACUGGACAGACCCCUCCCACUGGGCAGCACCCUCUUGCCAGACAGCUUUCUUUCAAUGAGCAGACACCUUUGACCCAGAAGCCCCCCAUCAUCAAAGAGCCCACCAUCUCAAGAAGAGCCUUCACUUCUGAGGAGCCUGGCCAGCCCUCCAUCCAGGAAGAAGAAUCCUUGGACCUGCCUACCCAUGUAGGGGUAUUUCAAGUGCCACUGACUCCCAAGGAGAGUUGUAACUAUGUGAAUAGAGACAAAGUUGGCACUGGUAUCACUCAGAAACCCAGUUUGCAUCAGCUUUCAUCAUGGCAACUUGGAAGCUGUUUAAGGGUCCAGGAGGAACAGCCUUCUCUAAUCACAUUUAUCACACCUGGCACUGGUUGCAAAGUCUCGCCCAUUGCCAUCAUGGGCACUGAGCACCAGAGUGGGAACCAGUUCAGUGUGACAGAUGAGGACAUUGAGCAUUCAUCAGUGGUUGCACACCUUGGUCCACUCCAUGGGGCCUACUAUGAGCUGGUGUCUACCAUGGAUACCCUGCCAAGUCGGUCAUCAGUGCUUUGCCACCAUGCAUCAGGCCCCUACAAGGACAUGUCAGCAGUAGUGAUUGAUACAGGCAUGGGAUUCACCAAAUGUGGACUGGCUGGAGAGGACCAUGUCCUCACUGUUGUACCCUCGCAAGUUCAGCUGUUGCAGCACUCAGCCCAGGGCCAGCCCCAGUAUGUAGUCCCUGAAAACCAAGACAGAUCCUACCCAGUGCUGAACCGAGGAGUAGUCUCUGAUUGGGAUGCACUAGAAGUGCUAUGGCAGCACUUGUUCUAUUGCAGGCUGCGGGUGCAGCCUGAGGAGCUGGCUGUGCUUGUGGCUGAUUCACCCAUCUCACUGCGAACCAACCGAGAAAAGGUAGCUGAGAUACUCUUUGAGCGUUUCCAUGUGCCAGCCAUGCAGACAGUGCAUCAGGCCCUACUGGCACUCUAUGCUUAUGGUCGUACCACUGGGCUGGUGCUGGGCAGUGGCCACGGUACCUCCUAUGUGGCACCCAUCCUCACUGGGCACUCGGCCCCGCCUGACACCUACCGGCUGGAUGUGGCUGGUGCUGACCUCACUGAUUACCUGGCUCAGCUGCUGCUGGCAGGUGGCCACUCACCACCCAAAACAGGGCUGGUCCACCAGAUUAAAGAAGCCUGUUGCUAUGUGGCCAGGAAUAUGGAAGCCGAGCUGGCCUGUACCCAAGUCCCAGUGGACUUUAUGCUCCCAGACAAGCAAGUUAUCACACUGGGCUCUGAGUGCUUCUGCUGCCCAGAGGCUCUCUUCCAGCCCAAUCUGCUAGGUCUCAACCAGCCAGGCCUCCCACAGCUGGCCCUGCUAAGCAUCAGUCGGCUGGAGACCAAACAGCAAGAGCAGUUGCUGGCCAAUGUGGUACUGGAUGGUGGCAGCACCCUGCUAAGUGGCUUCCCUGAGCGCCUGAGACAGGAGCUGGGCCCCGGUGCCACUGUACUGGGCUCUCCUCACCGUGCAGUUGCUGCCUGGCUUGGAGGCUCCAUCAUGGCAUGCAGGGACUCCUUCAAGAGCCUAUGGAUCAGCCGCCAUGAGUACGAGGAGGAGGGCCCAUGGGCUAUCUACAAGUACCAGUUGUGA